AUUGGUUGCGCGCCGCUGUUACUGUCUCUCCCUUAUUGUUUCUGUUUUUGUGUUCUGCUUUCCCUCCUCACUGCUCACUCACUACCUCUUUCUCUGCUUUUUUCACCAUAAACAACCUCUUUCCGAAAAAUAUAAGGGGAGCGGUGUAGCACUGACUCAUAAAUUCAUAAGACAAGGAUGCAAGCGUGUACUGGAGUUGCAAUGAUGGGUUCUUUGCAACAACCUGUUUGGACCAAGGGGCUGAAUUUCCAUGCAGAAGGGUAUAGCAGUAAUGGAUUUAUCCCUCAAGUAAGGUUCUACAAUGUGAAGCCAUGCAAAGCAUCUCAUGUUGAAGGAAAUUUAGUCACUGGGAAGCCAUCAUCUUUGUCUUUCUCUGUGCCUGAAAUUGGAGGUAAUGGAAGUAGCUUCCUGGACUAUGGCUUGAGUGAAGCUGAUCCUGAGGUUCGUGCAAUUAUUGAAAAGGAAAAGGAGCGACAAUUUAAAAGUCUUGAGCUUAUUGCUUCUGAGAAUUUUACAUCUAGAGCAGUGAUGGAAGCAGUUGGUUCAUGCCUUACAAACAAGUACUCAGAAGGACUGCCGGGUAAAAGGUACUAUGGUGGCAAUGAGUACAUUGAUGUGCUCGAAACCCUGUGUCAAGAAAGAGCACUGGCUGCAUUUCAUGUUGAUAGAAAUGAGUGGGGUGUUAAUGUUCAACCAUUAUCUGGUUCCCCAGCUAAUUUUGCAGCAUACACUGCAAUUCUUAAACCGCAUGAUCGAAUAAUGGGCCUGGACUUGCCUCAUGGGGGACAUUUGUCCCAUGGCUUCAUGACACCUAAAAGACGUGUAUCAGGCACAUCAAUUUAUUUUGAAUCUAUGCCUUAUCGACUUGAUGAAUCAACAGGUUUUAUUGAUUAUGAUAUGCUGGAGAAAACAGCUAAUCUCUUCCGACCAAAACUUAUUAUUGCUGGUGCUAGUGCUUAUCCUCGAGACAUUGACUAUCCUCGCAUGAGAAAAAUUGCAGAUGAAGUAGGUGCUUUUCUUAUGAUGGAUAUGGCUCACAUAAGUGGGCUUGUUGCUGCAUCUGUGCUUGCUAAUCCCUUCGAGUUUUGUGAUAUUGUGACCACCACAACUCACAAGUCUUUGAGAGGUCCAAGGGGUGGUAUGAUAUUCUUCAAGAAAGAUUCCGUGCAUGGAGUUGAUCUGGAGUCUGCCAUUAACAAUGCUGUUUUUCCUGGCCUACAGGGGGGUCCUCACAACCACACAAUUGGAGGACUAGCAGUUUGCUUGAAGCAUGCCCAGUCUCCGGAAUUUAAAAUUUACCAAAACCAGGUGGUCGCUAACUGUAGAGCUCUUGCUAAUCGGUUAAUCGAGCAUGGUUAUAAACUGGUUUCUGGUGGUAGUGAUAAUCACCUGGUUCUUGUCGAUUUGAGGCCGUCUGGUAUUGAUGGUGCUCGGGUGGAGAAAAUUCUUGAUAUGGCUUCUAUAACCCUCAACAAAAAUUCAGUACCUGGUGACAAGAGUGCCCUAGUUCCGGGAGGCAUUCGCAUCGGUUCACCUGCAAUGACAACAAGAGGACUCGGUGAGAAAGAAUUUGCACUGAUUGCAGACUUCAUUCAUGAAGGUGUGCAGAUAAGUCUUGAAGCCAAGAGUUUGGUCUCAGGAACAAAGGUCCAAGAUUUUUUGAAGUUUGUAGCAUCUCCUGAAUUCCCUUUGGGAGAUAAGGUUUCAGAAUUGCGUAGGAAAGUUGAAGCUCUUACUUCUCAAUAUCCAAUUCCUGGAGUCUAAGUUUACUUGCUUAAUGAGCGCUAAAAACUAAGAAGCUGUUGAAAUUUUUUUUAUACAAAAUAAUAGUUACAUGCUUCGUUUGUGCGUUGCUGAUAAUAUUUGCUAUUUUAUGUUUGCUGACAAAAUGUGUUUGUUCUGGUGCUGGCUUUAUGAUUAUUCCAUUUGGAACUGGAUGCUAACCAAUCCUUGACCCUUUCAAAUAUCAUUUAGGGUCAUGGUUUGCAUAAAAACAGCUUUUCUAGGCGGUGUUGCCUUUUGCUCUAGAAGUA